UCAAGCAGUUGUCAUCUAGGUUCAAACCUUCAGAUUUUCAACAUUGUUUAAAAGUAAUUUAAAUUUCGACAUUAUUUACAGAAACUGAGUCUGUCUUUCUACGAUAAUCCCAGAAAUUUCAAACUGCAUUUACGAAGUUUCAACGGUUGCAAGCGUCACAUCCCUAACCUUAAAUUUGACCAAUUCUCAACUUAUUUGUGCACUCCUUUCAUGCGGAAGGGCUUGUUAAUGUAACAUGAUCACCCUCAGAGGAAAACUGAAAAAAGACAGCGAUGUUUCGAAUUCAAAAUCUAGGGAUACCAACAAACGUGUUUCGAUACGAGAUAAGCUGCUAGUUAGAGAGGUUCAGGAAAUGGAACAAACGUUACCAAGUACGUGCCAAAUUGUGUUUGACGAUCCAAACCGAUUGCAUGAGUUUACCCUUGUAAUUGUUCCCGAUGAGGGUUACUGGGUCGGAGGUCGCUUUCACUUUGCCAUCUAUGUAACAGAAGACUAUAACAUGGCUCCACCACAAGUCAAGUGCCAAACAAAACUAUGGCAUCCAAAUAUUAAUGAAGAUGGUGAUGUGUGCUUAUCACUUUUGAGACAAAGUAGUAUUGAUGGAUUAGGUUGGGCACCCACUCGUAAACUUAAAGAUGUUGUGUGGGGAGUGAAUUCCCUUUUCACGGAUUUGUUAAACUUUGAUGACCCUUUGAACCGAGAAGCUGCAGAGUUAUUCUUAGUUGAUAAAGAGUCUUUCAGGCACAAAGUAAAAGAAUAUGUCACACAAUAUGCUAAGAGAUGAUUUCCAUUUCCUCAAUCACUAAUUCACAAUGAAAUAUAUCUUUGAUACAUCAUGUUGGUUAUUGUACUGUGUCACAUUUUUAGUAAUGUCAAAUGUAUUUAUUUUUUGAAGGAUUUCCGUUUUUUGAUUUAUCCUAUUAAAAAAAUGUUAAACAUACAUGAGAUUUUUUUAACAAUUAUUUAAAUAUUUCGAUUGUAUGGCCUCUGAUACUGACAAAACAAGAAAUGCAAGGCCUUACAAAUGUAUAACAAAUUUGAUCUUCAGAUGAAAUAAUAAGCAAUGUAACAUGGGGAGAUAACAAUUGUAAAUAAAUAUUUAAUGAUAAGAAAUUGUAUUUUACUUUGUACCUAUUAACAGCUUUAUCCCACGGUUAACUUCUGAGAUUGCUUGCGUAAGGGAGUGAUACUACUAUCAGGCAAAAUACUUCUAAAUAUUAGUCAAUAAUGUCGCGAUAAGUCAUUUAAUUCCCAGCUUUGAGACUUUUUACAUCAUUGUUUGUAAUUUAAAAUCACGUUCGAGCUCAUUGAAUAAUGUCAAUUACCUCCGCACUUUUUGUCAUUUAAUAAAUUAAUGACUGGAUACUAUAUUUCAGCUUUUACAAUGAUAAUUUUUUGCCCUGCAUAUUCUAAAAUUUUUUAUUAACGCUUAAACGAUUCAUUUCAUCUUCUUAUCAUAGACGUCGCGUUUGUACAGUUGAAAUUAAUUUGACUUGAUUUAUAUAUGCUAAGCGUGAGUUUUAUGAUUUUUUAUUUUUAUUUUUUUUUCCCUUAUUAUUAGUAAGUAAUACGCCUUAUACAUUAACUGGAGU